GGGCCGGUGCCGGCGCCCGGCGGAGCGGCCGCGGCGGGGCAGGUGCGCGGCGGGCGGUGAGGCGGCGCCGCCGCCGCCAUGGACACGUCGGGGCACUUCCACGACUCGGGCGUGGGGGACCUGGAGGAGGACCCCCGGUGCCCUUGCCCGUCGUCGGGGGACGAGCGCCCGCCGCCCGCCGCGCUGCCGCCGCUCCAGCACAGCCUGUUGCACUCCUCGCCCGGGUCGCUGCGGGCCCCUCCUCCCGCCGCCCCCGCCGCCCUCCACCCUUCCUCCCGCCACGGCAGCCAGCUCAACCUCAGCGACCACUUGGCCGGUCACUCGCCGGGCUCGGCGGCGGGCGGUGGCGGCAAGCACCGGCAGCCCAGCCCGCUGGUGCACCGGCGGGACAGCAACCCGUUCACCGAGAUCGCCAUGAGCUCCUGCAAGUACAGCGGGGGGGUGAUGAAGCCCCUCAGCCGGCUCAGCGCCUCCCGCAGGAACCUCAUCGAGGCGGAGCCCGAGGCGCAGCCGCUGCAGCUCUUCGGGGCCGGCGGGCCCCCCGAAAUCGUCGUCUCGCGCGAGGACAACCACGCGCCCACCACGCGGCCCCCCGCCCGCCGAGGCCCCCGCGCCGACCGCCCGCCUGCCCGCCCGGCCCCCGCCGCCUUCGCCAAGGGACCCAAGCGCAAGGCGCAGAACAUCGGCUACCGCCUGGGCCACCGGCGCGCGCUCUUCGAGAAGCGCAAGCGCCUCAGCGACUACGCGCUCAUCUUCGGCAUGUUCGGCAUCGUCGUCAUGGUCAUCGAGACCGAGCUCUCCUGGGGGCUCUACUCCAAGGACUCCAUGUUCUCCCUGGCCCUGAAAUGCCUUAUCAGCCUGUCCACCGUCAUCCUGCUGGGCCUCAUCAUCGCCUACCACACGCGGGAGGUGCAGCUCUUUGUGAUCGACAACGGGGCCGACGACUGGCGGAUAGCGAUGACGUACGAGCGCAUCCUCUACAUCAGCCUGGAGAUGCUGGUUUGUGCCAUACACCCCAUCCCCGGGGAGUACAAAUUUUUCUGGACAGCCCGCCUGGCUUUCUCCUACACGCCUUCUCGGGCAGAGGCGGACGUGGACAUCAUCCUGUCCAUCCCCAUGUUCCUGCGCCUCUACCUGAUCGCCCGGGUGAUGCUGCUGCACAGCAAGCUCUUCACCGACGCCUCGUCGCGCAGCAUCGGGGCGCUCAACAAGAUCAACUUCAACACGCGCUUCGUCAUGAAGACCCUCAUGACCAUCUGCCCCGGGACGGUGCUGCUGGUCUUCAGCAUUUCCCUCUGGAUCAUCGCCGCGUGGACGGUCCGGGUGUGCGAGAGGUACCACGACCAGCAGGACGUAACCAGCAACUUCCUGGGGGCCAUGUGGCUCAUCUCCAUCACCUUCCUCUCCAUCGGGUAUGGUGACAUGGUCCCGCACACCUACUGCGGGAAGGGGGUCUGCCUCCUCACUGGCAUCAUGGGCGCCGGCUGCACAGCCCUGGUGGUGGCCGUGGUGGCCAGGAAGCUGGAGCUCACCAAAGCGGAGAAGCACGUCCACAACUUCAUGAUGGACACGCAGCUGACCAAGCGGAUCAAGAACGCUGCAGCCAACGUCCUGCGGGAGACGUGGCUCAUCUACAAGCACACCAAGCUGCUGAAAAAGAUUGACCACGCAAAAGUCAGGAAGCACCAGAGGAAGUUCCUACAAGCCAUUCACCAGUUGCGGAGCGUGAAGAUGGAGCAGAGGAAGCUGAGCGACCAGGCCAACACGCUGGUUGACCUUUCAAAGAUGCAGAACGUGAUGUACGACCUCAUCACCGAGCUCAACGACCGCAGCGAGGACCUGGAGAAGCAGAUCGGCAGCCUGGAGUCCAAGCUGGAGCAGCUGAGCGCCAGCUUCAACUCCCUGCCGCUGCUCAUCGCGGACAUGCUGCGCCAGCAGCAGCAGCGCCUGCUCGCCGCCCUCAUCGAGGCGCGGGGGGUCAGCGUGGCGGUGGGCACCCCGCAAACUCCUCUCUCCGAGAGCCCCAUCGGGGUCAGCUCCACCUCCUUCCCCACCCCUUACACUAGCUCAAGCAGCUGCUAAAAACGCAGAGCGAAGCCCCUCGGCCCUCCACGGACACGGGAAGAGCUGACGCGCAGGUCCUGAGGUCUCAAGGGACUUUCUUCGGGUUUCUCGAAGCGCCGCGGGAGCGUUCGGUGCGACCAGCGGUGCCGAGCGGGUGCUCGGAGCUCGCUAACGCCUUGGAAUCGGAAAUCUCACCCCCGUUUAGGUGCCUCUACACGUGGUGAAGGAAGGGGACGGGAGGCAAAGCCUCUGGCAAGGCCCGUGCCGCAGUGUUUGGUGGAGGACAGAAAUCCACGCUCAAUCUCAGGUCUUCACAUUGAAAACAAAACAAAAACAAAACCAAGUCGGAAGCACUGAAGCAACGGAGACACCAGAGGAAGAGUAUUCCACUGUGUGGACCCCGGGGCCGGGCGCGAGGCCAGGGCCGCUCACCCAGGGCGUGCUCCCCUUGCUCCUGCUCCGCUCCCAGCCCCGGCGGGCAGGCGCCCACCCCGUGGCUUCUUGCACAGGCUCUGACCCAAGAUGUCCACGCUCCAUCCCAUCUCCUUGCCAAGACACGAAUGCACACACGCACCUCUCGCGUUCCAGGGUAGGUGGCGGUGCCUGACCUGCGUGGGGGUGUUUCUCCGGAGCAGCGAGAGGUUUCUGCUCGGGCAGGACAAGCAGCAGUUCUUCUUCUUCUUGGCGCCCGGAGCUCGGGAAGCAGUGCCUAAAGCAGGCGGGGAACGCCGCCCCGGUUCGGAGGUGUCCCCACCGUCACCCACCCCGGAGCACCCCUGCGUUUCGGGAGGGCGCCGGGCAUGUCCCCAAGCCUGGUGCCGUUGGCAGCGGCCCCAGAACUGCCGGGUGCCCAAGGCCUCCAGCCGAGCCAACGGCGCCAAGGUUGGGGGCUCCCUGCAAAGCGGUGUAGUGACGAAGGCGAGUACCGCGUGGGACGCUUCAUCUGUUUAAAACCAACCCACCUCCCUUGUCCCGCUUCUGCUGGGUUUGGUGGGGAUCAGCAGCACCAUCCGGGGCCGGCUCCGGCUUGUAGCGGGUGCUCAGCUCUGACGGACGCUUGGGCAUCACCCGGCCACUUUGGGAAGGAACCGUUUUCUGUUCUGCUUUCGCCAUUUCCCCUUUUUCUUAGCUCUGCCCUGCCGUUGCUGUGGGGCUCUGCCUGGUCUUUGCACAGAGCCUUGCCUCCUGCCAGCAGGCUGCAGCUCUGGGAUGGUGUUUGCUGCUUUCAAUGAAAACUCAGCAGAGGAUAUUUAUAUAUUUUUAAACAGAUGAAGUAACCAUGUAAUUACUCCGCGAUAUUAAUUACACAUCACCCGGCAGUGUCAGUAAUUGUAAUCAAAGUCACUGUGUUACGCCAGGUAUACUUAGCCUGUAAUCUUCUCCUGUGUAACUCUUUCACUUCCAUAAAUAACGCCGCAUUUCACGCACGUAGGCAGGGCCGUAUCAGCCUGGUGCAGAGGGAUUUCUGUGCAAAACUCCACUUACUGCUGGUGGUAGGUGUUUUACUCCCUGCGCCCUGCAAUUAAAGUUGCAUAGGAAACAAGCGGCGGGUAGCGAGGCGCGCUCCCCCCCGCCAGCUCCAGCCAUCAGCAUGCGGUGGAGGAGGAGGAGGAGGAAGAGGAGGAAGGCUCCUCUGCUGUGGGCUCCGGGGGAGCUGCAAAACGAGCUCCUGGUGCUGCAGAGGUGGUUGUGUUAAGGCUGUCGGUAGCAUGGUAGCAAGCCGUGGUUGUUCUUGUCGCGUGUUUUGCAUUCAGGGAGGAGAGGAGGUGCACGGAGAUCACUGCCAGCCUUUUCUGUUCCUUGGCCGGCAGCAGAUAUUCAGCUUCUGGGAAUGCGCUGCUCUUCCCCUUUUCAAAGAUCUUGUCAUUAGUGGAAUUGUAGGGUGGGCAGGACUGCUGGGAGAGUGUCACUGCCUCGGCAGCAGCCCAAAGUCUAUUCUGAGCCUUGCUGCCCAUCCCCGUGUGCCUACAGGUAACCCUCGUCCACACUUCCCCGGUCCUCAGGUAGGGAUAAAGAAGCUUCUGCCCGUCUUUGUAAGGAGGUUUCAAGCCUGGCAACGAAGAAAGGCUUGUAAAUUCUAAGAGCGAGCCUAAAAUACAGAAUCUCCACUGGCUGCAGGCAGCCAGCAGAGAAAAACAUUUCCCCGCCUCUUCUGUGGUUUGUGUAGGAACAAACUGCCGUGUACAACAUGUACACGGAGAGGCAGAAAUACAUCCUGGGGCGUUGGAUGGCUGAGGGAAGUAUUGAUGCCUGAGAAUCGAUAUCACCAGCGGGAACCUCCUUACGGGCUAAUCAUCAAGUCUGGGAAAUCAAACUGAGUAAGACGGGAUGAGGAAAUGCCAGCUGGCUAGGACCUGAGGCUGUGAAGGGGAGUGAAAUACCAGCGGUGAACGCUCCAGUAGUGCGACCAGUGCAGGAGAAGCUCCUCUUUGGGCAGAGCUGCUGCUUCGCCGUGCUGUCAUGAGGGGCCAGGAGUGACAGGAGCCAGGCUGGGGAGGUGGGAUCCCGGCUGCAGAGCUGGGUUGUGCCGGGCCGUGCGCUGCUGCGUGGCUUUGGGGUGCCGGAGCUCACGGCACCGCUGCAGCUCCUGGCCCUGCAUCCUCCACGCCGGGCUGUGUGCCCUACAACCUGCAGAUUGCAGCCCCCAGCCCUGCACCCCGCACGCUGCACCUCCCGUCCUCACCCCUGCACAACUCCAAAACCCCCCUGCCCACCUCGCAGCCCUGGGUCUGCACCCUGUGCUCGGCACCUUGCACCCUGCAGCACGUGCACCCUUGAUCCUCCGUCCCGCACCCUUGAUCCCCGUCCUGCACACUGUGCACCCUGCUUCCUCCAUCCCGCACCCCGCUGUUGGUUCAGCACCGCAUCCCACUGUCAGUCCUGGGGCCAAGUCCCGGUGCCCACCCCGGGCACUGAGCCCACCGGGGCCAGCCCUGGGGCUCCCCCCACCUCCCAGCCCCAGCCCCGCCACCGGGACCGGAGCCGCCCUGAGGCCACGGCGAGGGCUCCUCUCCCCGGCAGGCAGAGGCAGGCACGGGGCGAGUUCUCCAGGACCCCAACCCCAAGCACCCCAAUACGGUCUGGUGCCUGGGGUGCGCACCUGGAGCUGUUCUCCCGCUCCCUGCAUCUUGGUACGAGCGCUGGCAUCACCUCAGUGCACAUGGCAGCCACCAACACGUGCACCGGGGCGCAUGCUCAUGCCCCAGAGCUUCCCUCCCCGGCAGCCGGCUGGCAGGACCGCGGUGUGCGGCCUCCCCCUGCCCAUGGCAGGAUGCUCCCUGGUGCUGCUCACACACCUGAGAAAGUUGUUUCGGAGCCUGCGGCCAUGGGCCCGGAGAGGCUGCCCCUCCAACUGCAUCUGGGCAAGCGGAGAGAAGAGCUGGGACCACCGACAGAUGCGGAGGAAAAGCACAAGAACAAAACUGAAACACAGAUUUGUAAACCCAAAGAGAUGCUGACCUCCUCCCGCAGCCGGGAAGCUGUCAGACCCCGCACACCACCAGGACCGAAGCUGCCCGCACCCCGGUUUUGCAACGCAAGAGAAAAACCACCCCGUGCUCUCUUGCUGCUAGAGCCAGCGAGGUGAUCGCGCCCCGAAGCCCCUCCAGGACCCACCCUACGACAGCCAGUCUCCUUUUCGGCACAGCAUCGGUUUUUGCUCCACGAACCUCUUGCACUGCCUGCAAGGAAACGUCCUAGAAACGCCAGAAAAAUACAAAAAUCCUCUCUGCAAACUCACAGACUGAAGCGUUUCUGUCCAGACUUAAGGAGCUUCAACAUGGGUUUGCAUCUUGCCUCUGUACUGCUCGCUUCUUUUUUAAUAAUAGGGGAAAGCAUAAUAGUUUAUUUUAACUAUGAAAUAUAUUGCUAUAUUAUAAAGGUUAUUGUAACUUUCAAUUAUGGUUUUGUAUCCAACCAGUUUGUCAGCAGGCAGCGACGCCAGCCUGCUGCCAAAAUGUCUGUUUCUGAGUACAGUCACUGCUCCACGUGAGGACGGAGGCCAGGGGUAGCAGAGGAGGCUCUCUGGACUCCGUCCAGAAGGACUCCACGUGCUCCUCAGCCCUUCCACCCCCGGGCAUUAAUUCCCCUUGCCUGGAAGCUGGCCUUCAGCAGGUCUAAAUUUGCGCAGCCCGGCCACACUGGAGCUUUGCUUCUCCCUAGGGAAAGGCGCGUUCCCCUUUUCUCCCGGGGUCUCAGCCCCCUCAGAGGUUCCUGGAAAGCCAUUUCCUCCCCCAGUCGUCUUCUCUAGUGAAGGUGGGGUUCAGCUCACCGGGCACGGACUGUAUGAGGGCCAAAAUCCCCCGUUUGCCCCCGGGGAUGGAGGCUCUCAGGGACACAGCAGCGCAGGGUGCGCCGGGCUCCCCGCUGGGCUUUCGGCGCAGAGACCAAAACAUUUCGGCUCAGCACCGAGUGACACGGGCAGGAUCCGGAUAUUCUGAACUAGGGAAUCACUUGUGCCUAGAAAAGCGCGAGGGGGGCAACAUCCUCCUCCUCCUCCUCCUCCUCCUCCUCCUCCUCCUCCUCGGCAGAGCUGUGCGCCAGAAAGCACCGCGGGGCCCGAUCCUGCCCGCUGGGGCUCCCUCGCCCCCGAGCCGGGCAGCGCGGGGUUCCCUCGGGAGGAGGGACGCCGAGGCAGCGCGCUCUCUUUUUCCUCUCAGGUCAACACGUAGCUGCCGGGAUGACGGGGUAAGGACAGCCCUGCGCGGGCGACCGCUGUUGCUGCAGGUAAGGCCGCGGCGCAGGGAGGGCUCCUGCUGCGCCCGCCCAGCGGGGAACGGCCCCGAGGGGAUUCGGGCACCGUGCCCAGCUCGUGCCGGGUCUCGGGCAGGACAGGAGCUGGCCCUUGGGAGGGUUUUGGGCUUUGCAACCUGGCCUGCGGAGGCAGUAGUGUGGUUUUGGUCCCUUCCAUCUCAGACUGUGGUGGUGUGGAGAGACGAAGGGGUGGCCCCGAAUUUAGAAGAGAGACGCGGUGAGGGUGCAGGGACCUCUCAGCCUUCGGGUGCUUGGUGGUACUGAGAGCAGCUCUUCCUUACAUCCAGCCCCGAUCUGGCUGCAGCUGAUCUGCAUCACGUGUAGGACAAGAUUUGUGGGCAAAUAAGUCUUAAAUUUCCUUUUGCAGCCCUGCCCCCUGUUCCUGGGCAGUCUUCCUGUGCGGAGCGUGGCCUCGCUGGUGGCCACGGCCGGGAACGGGCAGAGCGUGUGGGACCAACUCCUGCUUUCUUCCAGAGCAAACAAAAGCCCCUGCACCAACUCUUCCAUAUCAGAGUAGUUGUCACUGUAGUGCUGUCAUUAUCGCUGUUAAUUGCUGUCGCAGCUGUGCUGCCCUGACCCUCCCAGGCCAAUUACCCCGCUGGGAGUCACGGCAGUGCCUGUACCUCACCGAGCGCUCCGGCUGUGAGCUCCAACGUCUUCUUGCUGGCCCCUGCAGCCUGAUCCCCUCCGGUAUCCCCCAGCUUGCUGUGAUGCUGCCCUGAGCUCCAUGGUGGGGCUGGCUCCAUCUGCUCCCCAUUGGGACCCAGCCCAGGACCAGACGGGGCCUUACAGCUGGGCUGGAGGAGAGGGGCUGGCUCCUCUCCUCGGGAGGGCAGGGCUGCCCCUCUCCUGCUGGCUCUGGGGGUGCCUUGAGAUUUCUAGGGUGCUUGGGCCCCCUGCGCUGCUCUCCCUUGGGUUCCUCCUGCCCCGUGUCCCCGUGGCUGGCUUGCAGCCCUGUGACCAGCAGGUAGGUUUGCUGGGGUGUUGGUGGUGACCUCUUGGGGGGUUUGGGAAGCUGCUGCUGGAAGGCUCUGCUCUGCUUCCAGCCCCAGCUUCUCCUCGCCCAGCUCCGAGCUUCCACCCCACAGCCACGUGGAGGGCGCAGGGUUGCAGGCAGGGGAUUUUGCAGGGGAAAGCCAAGCUUCUCUGUGGGAUGAGCUGUUUCCCUCCAGGUGAGUCCCGUCUGCCCCCUCUUGCUCACGCAAUGGGGCACGGGACAGGUCUCCAGCACCGUGAGCCCGGUGGCUGCUCUCAUCCGGGACGCUCGGUGCGCUCCUCGCAGCACCCGGCUCUGCUCCGUCUUCUACCCAAAGUGUUCUUCCCCUCGCGCUGCCGGCGUCCUAGCACACCCCAGCGCACCUCCUGGCCCUGGCGGAGCUGCUCGCGUCUCUGCGGUCAGGCUCCGGCCCCGGGCUUACAUUCCUCCUCCUGGUCUGAGCGUGGCUGGGUCUCCAAAACAGGGGAAGGGAGUGGGGACUUGCCUGUCCCGACAGCAUUGCCAUAAAACUGAUCUGUACCCAGAAACAGGCAUGUUUUAAACUAUGGCUUUAACCUGUUCACUGUAAAAAGUGCCUUGGACUUUAAUCUGAAGAGGUCAGUAUCUAUAAAUAUUUACCUGUGCGGUGUGUAAGUAUGCAGAUACCUAUGUAUAGUUACACACACAAAUAUAUGAUAUAUACGUACAUAUAUAAAUGCUUCGGACCCCUC